AUCUGACAGAGGAAUGAUCGGGAUCGACAUCCCAAGAAUACCAAAACCAAAUAGAUUGGGGAAAGCGUUGUUGUGUCCGUUCUUUAGGUUUUCCAGGAUUUUAAACAGAUUUUAGACGUCCAUUGUAGAAUGUCUCGUCGUCGAAGAGAUUCAAGUGACGAGGAAGAUGUGGGACAUUCUGCAAGAAAGCGCAGACGAGGAUCAGAAAAUAUUGACAUAGAGGAAAGGUUGGAGUCUCUGAUAACCAGAGUAGGCGAAAAGAGUACCUCAUCGCUGGAGAGUAACUUGGAGGGGCUAGCUAGUGUACUAGAGGCAGACCUUGGGAAUUACAAAACCAAGAUCAUGAGGAUCCUGUGUUCCUGUGUAGUUAAGUUGCCCGAGAAGAUGGCUGUGUACAGUACUCUGAUUGGACUCCUGAAUGCCAAGAACUACAACUGCGGAGGAGAGUUUGUAGAAAUGCUUGUUAGAAAUCUGAAGGAGGCACUGAAGACAGGGGAAUAUGACAAUGCCAAGUUGAUUGUUCGAUUCAUAGCAGAUUGUGUGAACUGCCAUGUGAUUGUGGCUGGCUCCUUGUUGUCGAUGUUUGAUAAUUUUGUGGAGGUGACGCUGGAGGACAACAUCCCUCAGGUGCGCUCUGAUUGGUAUGUGUAUGCAGUGCUCUCUGCCCUGCCCUGGGUUGCAAAAGAGUUACACGAAAAGAAAGAAGCUGAGUUUAACAAACUCUUAUCAACCAUUGAUAAUUACAUAAGUAAAAGACAGAAGAUUCAUGUCCCAGCUCUGAGAGUGUGGACAUCUGAUUUUCCUCACCCCCAGGAGGAGUAUUUAGACUGCCUCUGGGCCCAGAUUAAGAAUCUCAAGGCCAACAAGUGGUCCGAGAAGCAGAUCACGAGACCGUACCUGGCCUUUGAUGGAGUGUUGUGUGAGGCACUCCAACACACCCUCCCCCAGAUAAUCCCACCCUCACACAAUGAGGAAAACACCUAUCCUCUCCCCAAGGUGGUCUUCAGGAUUUUCGAUUAUACAGACGUACCAGAGGGCCCCGUGUUGCCAGGGAGCCACUCCAUAGAGAGAUACCUAAUAGAGGAACAGAUCGACAGGAUUCUUUGUACAAACUUCGUGGAGCGUAAAGAUUGUGCUGCAGCAUUACUAAGUUUUCCAUCCAAAAACAAGAUCCCCCUGAAUUACAUGAUAGUGGAGGUGAUGUUUUCACAGCUGUUUCUGCUGCCAAGACCCCCAUACCUGGAGAUUUUCUACGGAUCAUUACUGAUAGAGCUUUGUAAACUACAGCCUGGGUCCAUGCCACAAGUCUUAGCGCAAGCCACCGAGAUGUUGUACGAGAGAAUUGACACCAUGAAUGUUGCCUGUAUGGAAAGGUUCUCCAACUGGUUUGCCUACCACCUGAGCAACUUCCAGUUCAGGUGGAGCUGGGAAGACUGGUCAACCUGUUGUCAGAUGGACCCAGAAUUACCCAAACCCAAAUUUGUCAAGGAGGUGCUUCUGAAAGCUUUGAGGUUGUCUUACCACCAGCGAAUGGUAGAAACUGUCCCUGAGAGUUUUGAAGCCCUGCUUCCAAUGAAACCUCACUCUGAAUUCAAAUACGAGAAGGAGGGGGCAGGGUCAAUGCCAGGAACCAUGGUGGCUCAUCAGCUGAUCUCCUCCAUCAAGUCUAAGUGUACCCCCGAGGAAGCCAUGGUGUUACUCAAAGAUCUCCCCAACCCACUCAGUGAGGAGGAAAGUGACCCGACCUACCACCCACUCAGAAUUGAUGUUUUUGUCUCUGUCUUACUUCACCUUGGCAACAAGUCAUUCAGCCAUUCAUUUGCAGCCAUAGCCAAAUUUCAUCACAUUUUAAAGCUUCUAGCAGACACAGAGGAGGGACAAAUCUGGUUACUCCGUACAAUGUUUGAAGUCUGGAGUUCGCAUCAACAGAUGAUGGUGGUGCUGGUUGACAAGUUGCUAAAGACUCAGAUCGUAGAACCUUCUGCUGUCGCCAACUGGUUAUUCUCCAGUGAAAUGCAGCCAGAAUUUACCAAAUUCUACGUGUGGGAGAUCAUGCAUGCAACAAUAAAAAAGAUGAGUAAACAGGUAGACAAAUUACAGCAGGACGUGGAAGAUGCAAAGGAUAAACUUGACGCAGCAAAGAGAAAGCAAGCAGAUGGUUUGAUGGAGGAUGAUGAAGAUGAAGUUCCAACAGAUGAAAUCAUUGAGAGGAUGGAAGAGAGGCUUGAGGCUGCUCAGAACCAACAAAAACGACUCUUCCUUAUCAUUUUCCAGAGAUUUAUUAUGAUUCUGACAGACCAUUUGGCAAAGUGUGAAGGGAAUGGCAUCGACUACAAUACACCUUGGUACAAAUGGGUUAUUGAACGAUUGCAGCAAAUAUUUUUACUGCACCACGAGCUGGUCUAUCGCUACAUCAGCACACUGGAGUCUCUGCUCUUCACAAGUGACAUUGACUUUCAUAUUCUGGAAAUAUUCCAACAGUUUUGUGCUCUUCGUUCCUAACCUGCUUAUCGUCCAUUUCAUAAAAUGCGUUCUGGCUACAUUCAGAAAAUACAUAUGUAUUCAAAACGUUCAGAUCAAGAAUAUUUUCUGGUUUUGUACUGGCACCAAUAAUGGUGUGUAUAGAACAUUUUGACAAGUACAUGUGUAAUUGUUUGAAGUAUAUAAAGAUGUGAAAUUAUACUGCAGGGUUUGACAUUAAGGCACGUCCGACCGACCGAGUUUACUAAAUUAUAGGUCCGGUCGAGUAAAAUUUUGAUUUACUAGUCCGAAUGGUCGUGUUAAAUAAUAAACAAGAAACUACCAAUCUUGAACCGUGUGGUGGAAUAAUCUCUAUUUUUAGUUCUAAUAAAUAAGUCGCAGUCGGUAGUGAUGUUUUACGACAUCUACUCGAUGUUCAUUUUGAACAGUUUAUUUGAAUUGACUAUAAAGUGUUUAUCAAGUUAAUAAAUUAAGUCGUAAACGUUUGUCAUUUACAUGAAGUAUUUAUUUCUGGAAAGUUGGUCAUGGCUAGUGGAUAUAAAGUCAGGUCUAGUAAAUAUCAUCAUCGUCGGAAACCCACGGUUGAUUACGCUUCGUUUCUCUCUCCAUCACCCGUGGGUCUAUUCAUUCCUACUCGCUCGUUCUCAUGAAUAAAUAUUUUAAAAUAUCGUCCAAUCAAAGUAAUCUUUAUAGUAAUGUAACUCUUCUGUUUUUAAAGGUAGCACUAACUUAACUUUGCUAUCACAACAAUUGUAUACUGAAAUUGGGCUGAAAGCGUCUUUUUGAUUGGACAAUUCGCUUAGGGUUUUCCAUGAGCGCCCAAUUAAAUUGUCUCAUUAAUUAUUCAUGAGAACGAGCGAGUAGGAAUGAAUGGACCCACAGGUGAUGGAGAGAGGAACGAAGCGUAAUCAACCCUGGGUUUCCCACGAUGAAAUAUCAUUUCAAGUAGCCCGACUGGUCUAGUGCUCAACAAAGUAAAUGUCAAACCCUGUACUGGACAUCAUCACAACCAUUGUCAACACUAGAGAAAAUGCCUGUACAUCUUUGGUAUUUAUAUUCAUGAAAACAUCUUUUUUUUUUUUGACUGUACUAUAUUGUGAAACAUACAUGUACAUGUAUGUUGCAUCCACUUUAUGUAUAAGAUCAAAUAAUGUACUUGUUGGUACAUUGUAAAUUACUGAUCAAUAAAGGUUACAUUAAACACGAA